AUGAAUUUCAAUAGAGGACCAAAGCCUAGUUUUAGCAUGCCUAAAUAAGUGGAAACUUUUAAAGAAGAAAAACCAUAUUCUUAUGUUGAAAUAGAAAGCACUGAUUGCUUUAGAAACGAAAAAAUUAUAAAAAAUGUCAAAUUUGCACCAACUAUUACUGUUUUUUUAAGAUUUCAAGAUGAAGACAUUAUAAAAUUCAAAGAUAGAUUAAGGAAAUAGAUUCAAUAGACUAAAGAAACCUUUAAUUUCAAUCCAUCACUAUAUGAACCAAAAUAGAAAGGAUAACUUAAGUCUUGUUUAAAAACCUUUUCUGAAUGGGAUUGUUGA